GACCUUCUCCACGUUUAGGUUAGAAAAGACCGUGCUCACGAUCACAGCUACUCAGUGUGUUGAAAACUUUCACGAUAUCACGACUGUUCUCUUGACUUGAGACCAUUACGGUUUCAGAGGUAAAGUUCACGUGAAGAAACUUUUUCCUUCAGUCAAACUGUUUUAAUUGUGUGUUCAUCAUGGAAACUAAUUUCUACGAGACGGACGAUGCGGCGAGAGAAAUGCGACAGGCCAUGAAGAGAAAAAUAAAUUCAUCGCUGGGACUGUUUUCAAAUUCCGGCAGUGGUGACAGAGAUGCCGUGAACAGACUGAAGCAAAACAUGAAAUUGGACUUUAAUUCCGAAGGAUCAAAGAAGUCGAAGUUUAGUCUGCUUCAGUCUCCCGACCUAAAUAUGCUUAAACUGGCGUCACCUGAACUUGAGAAAAUGAUUAUUCAGGCAAACGGCAUGGUCACCACGACGCCGACACCAACUCAGUUUAUUUUCCCGAAGUUUGUCACAGAGGAGCAAGAAGCUUAUGCUAGGGGAUUUGUAGAUGCUUUGGCCGAACUACACGAUCCCAACCAGACAGAGAAUAUCCCUGUCGCUCUUCAAGGCAAGGGUGUGGUUUCUAGUCAGUCGCUACCCCAGACCUCAAAGGGGGGUGUGACCCUAUUCGCCCCGAACUCGAACUCUGUCUCAUCCUUCAAUUCAGCACCCGUGACCACUCAGGGACUGACCACUACUACCUCAUUGCCUGGAGGACUAACUGUGUCGUCUGCUUCACGUUCGUUGAAAUCUGUGAGUAACAAUGACUUACUUCUUCCUCGCUUGAAAGAGGAGCCACAAACUGUCCCAUGUAUUGAGAACACCCCUCCCCUCUCGCCCAUCAACAUGGAAAAUCAAGAGGUAAUCAAACUGGAGAGGAAGAGGGCACGAAACCGAGUUGCAGCUAGAAAGUGCCGAACGAGGAAACUUGAAAGAAUUUCACGUUUGGAGGACCGUGUCAAGGAUCUGAAAGGACAAAAUGCCGAUCUUGUUACAACUGCCACAACUCUUCGAGACCAAGUGUGUAAGUUGAAAAGGCAGAUAAUUGACCAUGUCAACAGCGGCUGUCAAAUCAUGAUGACACAAAACAUCUCAUUCUAAGAUCUGACAUGUGUUUCCAAUGAUCAAAGACUUAUAAACUGCAGGGACAGAAUUCUCAGUGCUUUCCAUGGCCAAAAAUGUGAUGUGAUAUUCAGACUUGACUCCUGGUACGGUGACUGACUCGGAAGCAACAGUCCGAGAGCUGGUUGAUGUUGUUGGAACUGUUGAACGGUUCGGUUUGUCAGUUAGUACCACGUAGUACGGAUAUUUUUAUUUUUGUAAAUUUGUACAUAUGCAAGACUUUGCGAUUCAGAGGUGCUUUUGUUUCUUGAAUUCUUUGCAAUGUGCGAAGAUGGUUCAAGUGCGAGAUACGAUGUCAUUUCAUUCAUUAUGUAUAUAUAUAUCAUUCCACCCACUAAAUUAAAGGUUAUCGAAGUUUAAA